AUGACCACCAAAUUAAACACUGGAUACGAAAUGCCUCUUGCCGGCUUCGGCUGCUGGAAGUUGCCCAACGACGUUGCUGCUGACCAGAUCUACAACGCCAUCAAGGUCGGAUACAGAUUGUUCGACAACGCCUCGGACUACGGCAACGAAAAGGAGAUCGGAGACGGUAUCCGUCGUGCCAUUGCCGACGGCUUGGUCACCAGAGACGAGUUGUUCAUCACCUCCAAGUUGUGGAACGUGUACCACAACCCAGCCAACGUGGAGAAGGCAUUGGACAGAACCUUGAACGACUUGGGCCUCGACUACGUCGACUUGUACUUGAUCCACUUCCCCUACAGUUUCAAGUUCCUCGAGUUCGACGCCCAGUACCCUGGAGGACUUCAUGAGGCUGGCCACGACAGCGUGCAGUACGAAAACUUCACCAACUUGCAGACCUGGACUGCCAUGGAAAAGAUGGUGGAGGCUGGCAAAGCCAGAUCCAUCGGAGUGUCCAACUUCGACGCCAUGCUCAUCUACGACUUGAUGAGAGGGUGCAAGAUCAAGCCUGCUGUGUUGCAGUUCGAACACCACCCAUACUUGCAACAAAAGAGAUUGGUCAAGUUCUGCAAGAGAUUCGGCAUCAAGAUGACCGCCUACUCCUCGUUCGGUGGCCAAUCGUACGUUGAAUUGGACAGCAAGCUCGCCACCUCCACCCCCACCUUGUUCGAACACGAAACCAUCCUGAGAAUCGCCAAGGCACACGGCAAGAACACCUCGCAAGUGUUGUUGAGAUGGGCCACCCAAAGAGACAUUGCCGUGAUUCCAAAGUCCUCUAACCCAGGCAGAUUGCACGACAACUUGCACAUUAACGAUUUCGACUUGACCGAGCAAGACUUGGAGGACAUUGCCAACAUGGACAUCAACUUGAGAUUCAACGACCCUUACGAGUGGGACGAGAUUCCAGCUUUCGAGUAA